AUAAAACUAUCCACCUCACCCCCCAGUGAGCUCUUCACAGAUCUCGCCGGUCCCGCACGAGCUUGAAUCAGCCACGAAGCCCUCGUGAACCGAAGCAUCUUAUCUUUGCGGAGUCAUCACUCUCGGACCCAGCUCCCAGGGAAGGACACCUCAGCGACUCGUGGACAUCUCGUGGACGGCACAGAGUUCGAGUCAUCGCAUUUGCUCAAGAAGUUGGCUGUGCUUCCGGUGUGGUCACAAAAGGUAAGUUACGGCUCUUGACUUUCCAAUCCCGCCCCUCCACGCAUUGCUUUGUGGUCCUCGUCUCACAUCGCAACUGUCCCUUGCGGAACGCAGGACGCUGCUGUGCGAGUCAUAGAUAACCCACAACCGACGCGCCGAACAUGCAGUUCACACCCGUCGUCCCACCAUACCCAUCCCCCGGCGGCGGUAGCGGCUCCCCUCUUAAUCCUCCCCCAAACGUGAUCCCUCCAGGCACCCCAGGCCACCCAGGACAGACUCCAGCGUGGGCUCAGCAGCCCACCGGUUUCCCCGCGCAGUCGCCAUACGUCUCUGCAGGCUUCAUGCCCGGCACCAUACCCGGCUCCUACUUCAUCCCGCCCGUCACGCUUCCGGGCGGGGCGACGCCCCUGGUCCAACCCAACCAGGGCUUCUCCAUGGACUAUACCGGGUUCCCGAACCCCGGCGGGAUCCCCGGGAGCACGGCGGGAGGUCACACACCCUUCGCGCGCCCCGGUCAACCCCCGACUACACCUUACAUGGGCGCUGGCACGCAGACGGGCUAUAGCACCUUCCAACAGCCGCUGCCGCCCGGGGGGAUGCCCCCACCCAUGUACCCGAUGGGGAUGGGCAUGGGAAUGCCGGGCGGCAUGCAAGGGGGGAUGCCGCCGUUUGCUACGCCGUAUAUGCCUAUGGGAAUGCCACCUGGGAUGAUGGGCGGGAUGGGUGGUAUGGGCGGUAUACCAGGCGCCAUGCCCGCUGGGUACCCCUUCACGCCCGCUGCCCCUAACGCGCCUAUGCCUGGCGCUGUGCCGAUGCAGCCUCAGCAUUCCAGAGACAAUCGCUUCCCGAAUCCCAAAGAAAAGCAGCCAUGGGACCAGGCGGAAUUCGUGAAGUUCGCGGAGGGCGAUGAUUACGGCCCGGUCCUGAGCACGAUGCUGGUGCACCGCAUGAAAGCCAAAAUCGAGGUUAACCCGCUCAUCCUGCCCCCGAACGACGCGCUCGACCGCGACUACCUGAAGUGGAACAUGCUCUUCCCCACGGGGAACUGCCAGCGCUCGUCCGACCGCCCCGGCCGCUCGUGGUACAACGGGCGGAACGCCCCCGCGACGUGGCCACGCGUUAAGUCGCUCCGGCUCAUCUCGCGCGCGUUCCCGUGGUCGAUCGACGUUCCCGCGACGAGUCCCGAGGUCGGGGUGACGUGCGGGGACGUGAUCGAGGCGGUGCACACGUCCAUGUACACGCGGCUCUCUCAGCAGCAGUACGACAACGCGUCGCGGCAGCAGCGGCGGCUGCUGAGCGAGUCGUUCUACCACAACCGCUCGACGGCGCACGGCGUGCCCGGGGGCCGGCUGCAGCAGACGCUGCUGCGGUGCGACUGGCUCGGGCAGGACACGAUGUUUGGCGGGAUCGUGGACGACGAGCGGUUCGUGCGCGACGUGUGCGGGGACCACCUGCCGUGCACGUUCGAACUCAAGUGCGUAAGGCGGUACCCGAUGACGGAGGCGGAGAUUCGGGAGCAGGAGGCUCGCGAGCGCGAAGAGGAGGAGCGGGUGCGGCGGCGGUCGCGCUCGAGGGCUACGUCGCGCGCGGGGUCGAGCAGGCCGCCGACGAGACCGCCGAGCAGGGUGGUCGACGACUCCUCGUCGAGUUCUUCAUGACCGUUAUGAUUCUGCUCUUGUGUUUGAUCCAUCGUCGUCGUGCCUCAUCCCAGAUUAUAUCCUCUACCUCUGGUCAUGAUUCUCUAAACCGCUACGACUGGUCUCGCUGUACGUUUACAUCUUCCUGUUACUGCUUCCACAUCAUACAUACCCCCGCUCGUCGAGGACUCCCUUGGAUGUUCGGAUCUUCACGCUGUCCACGCUCACACUCGCGUUGUUGUCUGCUGUUUAUAAUCUUACUACAGCUUGUUGUACAUCUCCCGAUGUAGUCCUAGUCUCUCCAUCUUACCUGUCUGUUCUGAUUAUGCAUGACCCUCGCUGUUGCCGCUCCCGUUGGCUAUGUGCGCCCUUCCAGGAUACGUCUCUAGCAUUCGGCUUCACCUAUAAAGUCCCGAGAUGAAUCUCAUUACAAGGCGGCCCAAAUUGCGAAUCUCAUGCUGUACAAUCUGAUUUGUCUUCGCAGCAAAUGAGGAUUCGCAUUCC